AUGAGCAGCCAGGAGGCGCUGCUUGCGCAGCUGCUCGCGACAGCGCAGGGGCGCGAGGGGUCGCGUGAGGCGGGCUCCGGCGCUCCGGCGGCCCAGCGUUCGAGCAGGGACGUGCUCCAGGCGCUCGCGGCGUCCAGCGGGCUCUUCGCCGGCGGCGCCGCGGGGCCGGGCGCGCUCCCGGCGCGCGACGGGGCCGGGCACGGCGGGAGCUGGGACGCGGGGGGGGGCAGCCUCGCGCAGGAUGGCAGGCCGCAGCAGCUGAGCGCGCAGGAUAUGCUGCGCAUGCUGGCCGGCGAAGGCCGAGCGCGGCCCCCGGCCCCAGCGCCGCCACGCACAGACGCCGAUCCGUUUGGGCGCUCCUGGCUGCCGCCGCCGGGCAACCCGCCUCAGGCCGCGCCGCCGUCUCUCGCAAGCGACUCCCUCGUCGCGGACGUGCUCAGGGCGCACCUGCACCAGCAGCAAAGCCACCAGCACCUGCGCCAGCAUCGCGCAGACGUCCUCGAGGAGCAGACGCUCGGCGCGGUGCUGCAGAGCCUGACGGGCGGGCCCCCGCGCUCCCUCGAGCACUCCGCGUACUUCCCCUCGCCCCCGCAGCGGCCGUACGCGCUCCAGCUCCCGCAGUCGCGCCCUGACGUCAGCAGCCUCCUCGGGCAGCUCCCGCCGGCCGCGGGCGGGGCGGACCACAGCAUCCUCACCUCGAUCGCGCAGCUCACGCAGGAGCUCGCGCUCGCCGUCAAGGCCCUGCGCGCGCAGUCGGACGGCCCCCCGGCGGCGCCGUACGCCUCCGUGCCUGCGCCGGCGCUGCCGGCCAGCGCGCCGUGGGACCUCCCGGCGCCGCAGUUCCAGCCCGCCCUCAGCGCACCGCUCUUCCCGCAGUCCCAGCUCGCGCACGGGCCGCAGGGCGACGCGACGCUGCUCAACGGGCUGCUCUCUGCGCUGCCGCCGCCCCAGGGCCCCGCCCCCGCGGCCCCGCGGCCGCCUCUGCCGCCGACGAGCUCGUCGGGGACGGGGCGGAAGACGCAGCGCAGGAGCGACGGGGACGCGAACGGCGGCGACCCGAAGGUGCCGCGGCGGUCGUCGGUGUUCCGGGGCGUCACGUGGUCGCGGGGCACGUGGUACGCGCGGAUCAUGAAGGGCUCGCAGGAGAUCACCCUGGGCAACUACACGAACGAGAUCGACGCCGCACGCGCGUACGACGCCGCCUGCCACCUGCUCGGCUACGGCGUUCACGAGACCAACAUCCCGGAGGAGAGCCCUUCGGCCUGCCUGAUCCGCAGCGACGCGGCGCGCAAGAUGCUCAUGGAGCGCACCCCGGGCGACCCGGGCUUCCGCACCGACGCGCGCCGCGUCGAGCCCUCGGUGGCGCGCAGCCGCAUCGGUUCCAGCCCAUACAAGGGCGCGCGCUUCUACUCGCGCACGGGGAAGUGGGAGUCGAAGGUCUGGACGGGCUCGCGCCACCUGAACCUGGGGUACUACGCGACGGACUACGACGCGGCGUGCGCGUACGACACGGCGUGCUUCAUGCUGGGCAAGCCCAGCCGGAACUUCCCGCACGUGCCGCCGGACCUGAACUCGAUCCGCAACCGCGGCAGCGCGCAGUUCCUGCUCGAGUGCUGGCAGAGCCGCGGGGGCCGCGCGAGCGCGGACGGGCGGCUGAGCGCGGGCCAUGCGGCGCUGGACGCGCCUGCCGUGGAGCUGUCGGCCAUCGCGGUGACGAGCGCGCUGCCGGCGUCAGACGCGCCGCCGGUGCCCGCGUCCCUCCCCGCGCCGUCGCUGGCGGCGCUUGCUCAUCUGUCACAGCAGCCACAACACGAAGGCGGGCCCGAGAGCCCCCAGCGACCCCGAGACUGA